UGACACUUCGAGGAGACAUAGACUCUGUGUACACAGCAUACAUCUUUCCAACAUCCCAAGAUGCUCAGUCUCUUUGGCUUCGGCCCCAUCAUCUAUGCGACCUGCCUCCUGCUCAACGCCGUCGCAAUCCUCUCUGAAGACCGAUUCCUCGCUCGAAUCGGCUGGGGAAAGUCGCAACUCAACGAUCCUUCGGCGGGCGGCGUAGCCUUUGGUGCUCCAGCGCAAGAUCCAGAGAGUUUUCGCAGCAAAGGCAUCAACUUGAUCUCUAGUAUAAGGACAUUAUGUCGAGUACCUUUGAUAUUCAUCAAUACGAUAAUCGUUAUAUAUGAGCUCUUGUUAGGAUGAUGAGAUUCGAACGAGACUACACUAGAUCCGUCUUGGUAUAGGCCGUCAAACGCCGCAAAUCAUGCAUUCGAAAACUCAAGGGAUCUUGUCGGGCCAGAAGGAGCAUAAAAUCACAUUGAUCUAUCUCUAGUCGACCAAACCAGCAAAGCGCCCUGCUCCGACUUUCUGGAUCGAUGAAAUUUUCCAUGGUGCCACCUGGGUUUUUGGACGAGACUUCGACUUCGACUAGCGGAGUAUACGUUUGUGAACCAUGAUCGUUAUGAACUUUGGCCCAAUCUUGCUCAGCACAUGGACGAACCGUAUUAUACGUAUUCAGCCUUGCGGUUUAACUAGAGCGGUUUUCUUCGAGAGCAUUUACGGCGACAAGGGAUUUGCUUCAGCCUUUUGUCCACUAGAAGGUCUAUGCUUUAUGGUUUCCCAAACAUCCUUGACCGCCGCGGCCUGACGGGCUCCAUCAACGGAAGACUUAUACAGCCCACGACAACAAAUCGAACUCGACCCAAUCGACCAACAGACUCUCUGUAUCAAAACCUUGAGUUGUUGUCCUCUUGCAAGAUCACACCAUCAAGCUGCCAAACAACUGCACCGAAGCAGCUCAUGGCACAUCACCCCCCGUCACCUAUUUGUCGGUAACUCAACUCGUUUUUAGCAGCCACCCACUUUCGAGCUAGGUUAUGGUAAGAUAGAGGCAGGCGGAGGAGAUGCACGUAUGUGAAACCCUUGGUUCGUUUGCGAGUCAGUCUCGGCGCAAGUCCUCUCUCACUGGGACUUGCUCUCCUCGGCCCCGUCAGGGGAUGGCCAGAGUCCUUUUCGGCGUGGACGAAACAAGGAGACCAAAAUGGCAGGUCAUACAUACAUAACCCAGUAGAAUCAAACCAGGAAACAAACAUGAAUCCGGAUGACUGGGAAAUUGCAUCAACGGACCCUUGCCCACUCAAGUACAUCUCACUGCUUCACACCUUUUCUUAAUUGUCAUCGUUCUUCUGUACGAGAGACACCGCAGAUGUACGCACUAACUACUCGGCAAGUAACCACAAUUUGCCGUAUGUUUUAGGAGGCAAGUGACACUGUACAGAGCGACUGAUACCUCACGGAAAGGUUUCAAUGUCCAGAGAUUAGAAGCAGGUCCAGAGUUUUCUAUAUAUACCUACGACAAAGGGAGGAGGGAGGCAGUUCCCCCCUCCUGGGGGGGCGACCAAAACCUGGA